ACUUGCGUUUUAGGUUUAAAAAAUAACUAUCAGCAUGGUUUAAAGUAUAUAAUUCGGUAACGUAAAUAUUCCAAACUGCAUGGUUCUAUGUAGACUUUUUCUUUGAUAAUUUCUCACAAAUCGAUCGUGAGGUAUUGUCAGAAUUUCCAAUUGGAUUUAUAAAUCAAGAUUGUUGAAUAAUGGCGGAUGAUAAUAGUACAGAAGCUCCAUCAUCGAGUCCAAAAAAGAAUGAAACGAACAAAGAUAAAAUUCGGCUUAAAUUGAUACUAGUCAGUGGAAAGACUCAUGAAUUUUACUUCACACCAAAUGACACUGCAUCUGACAUUGGAAAAUAUGUAUUUCAACACUGGCCCGAACAUUGGGAAGACCGAGUCGACAAUCAUCGAAUAUUAAGAUUAAUAUACCAAGGCAGAUUUUUACAUGGAAAUGUAUCAUUGGGAGCUCUGAAACUUCCAACAGGAAAAUUAGUCGUUAUGCACUUAGUACCAAGAGAAAAUCUUCCUGAAAUGCCUUCACAAGGGGAACGAAAUCGGGAAAAGUCAAACGAAGGCGGAUGCACUAAUUGUUGUACAAUUCAAUGAGCAAGAUUAAUUAAUUUUUGACUGACAUUCUCUUUCAUGCAAAAUCUGUAAAAAGAGACUAACAUGAUCAAACACGGGCCAAAGACCUACAAGACUUUUAUAUUUUGUAUGCCCAUGCUUCACCGACCGGAAUUCUAAAAUAAAAAUUCAUACUGUACAAAAUGAAUAUAAAAGCUGGAGAAAACAGCUUUAUAUCUCCUCUCUGCUAUAAGUUAUGAGAUUGGCAAACAUAGAAACUCCAUAGUUUAAAGUUGUGUAUCUGCUUUAUUAUACGUGGUGCCCUUCCUUCUUGAAUUCAUUUUCCUUUCCUUAUUUUCAUUACUUAUAUAUAUAUAUGUUUGUGUCUUAUUAUAGUGAACUGUUGAAGUCUGUCAGCUGACUUAUGGUAUGUCCAAAUUAUCCAGUUUCUGUAAAAUUUCAUUCCAAUUUACUGGGCAACGAUUUUGUGUAAUUGCAGCUAAAUAACUGAGUAGAAACACUUUCUGGUUUGACAUAGGUUAUCUAUACCAUUUUCCAUCUAAGAUAAGGUGAUGAUGAUAUAAAGUUUUGUGCUUAGCUGAAAAAAGGCACCUUUAUACUUCGCAAAGUAAGAUGCUGAUAUUGAUAACAAUCGUCAUGAUAAAAAUGUGAGUUUGAAAAAUUGUUGGACAUCCCUGAAACAGUAUAUCUUUCCAUUCAUUGUUUGUAUUGUGCGGUGAGCGGUCUUUGCUCAAGGAGUAUUAUACAGCGAGACUAGUUUCCAACAAAAUGCAGUGACUAUUAAAAAAAUCAACAAAAUCAACUUUUUCUUACAAUAGUGGCCAUAAGUUAAAAUUUACUGUAUAUAUAUAUUUUUUUGUCUGUGUUUUCUUUUCUCUUUAAAUGCAUUUUCUGAUCAAAAAUGUCUUCAAUUGAGUGACAACUGAUAUUAUUAAUUGGUUGGGUAUUGGAUUUAGUAGAUCGAUAAUUAGUUUUCUUGAGAACUGAUUUGUGAACCAAAGUCAGUGGCACAAUAUUCAAAUUACCCAAUGUUUCAGUGAGUACCCUUGUCAUCAAAAUCUUGUACAUAUUGGCUGGUCAAGCCCGGCAAUCCUUUUGCAUACUACUACUACAUAUCAUUUCUGUACAAUGUGGUUGAUGGCGCUGCGAAUUAUUUUGCAAAAAUAUUUUGUGAAGCCCAUUAGUUUCUACAUAUUGGGGGUCAUCGUAUUCUUGUUUGAUUAUAUAUAUAUACAUUUCCAUCAAUUUAUAUUAUAACUGUGAUGUUCAAAUAUAAUACAUUAGAAUAAUAUUAAGGUUUCUCAAAUCAGGUUGGAGAUGUUAGUUCACCUGUCAAGCGCUUACAGAUGGAAUAAUAUAACAGCGUGAUUUUAGUUUCUAGUGUGUAGCAACAUUCUGUUUUCUAUGCAUAGAUUUUUAUAAUUUUGUUAGACACAAAUUCAUUCUUUGUCUCACUGGAUACAAGCGUCAAGAUACUCCAAUUUAAAUAAUCUAGUACUGCUUUUCAUUAUUGGCUCGGAUUAACUUACAUCUUGCUUGCAUGCAAGCCCCUGUACCACUGUAAUAAAUCCCAAAUAUGGAACCAGUCCAGAUAAUUUACUUACAAACUCCUAUUCUGCUCUUCUAUAUAAUCUUAUUUAUAGUCUUUACUGUAGCGUGUAUAUUAUUUUGCAAUAAAGCCGAUUUUUUUUCUCA